AUGCUAUUGAAGUUUAAUACAGAUAAAGAUAAUCCAUUAAAACAAGAUGUUCCAGAAUAUUUAAGUAGUAAUUAUUACAAUGCAAUGUUAAAAUUAGGAGAAAAUAAAAAUCAGGAAAUUGUGACUUUAACUGUUUCAAUUGAUCCAAUUCAUAUUCUAUUAACAAAUUCAUUUUAUAUAUUUAUGACAAUAAUUUUAACUUUAAUAAUUUUAUCAUUUGUUUUAUUUGGAAUUAGAGAGUAUUCUUUAUCUAUGAUUAAAAAAUAUAAUAAUGCAACCAAAACUUAUGAUUUAACCGAUUGGGAUAAACCAGUAAUUAUUAAACAUAAUAAGGAAAAAACUUACGAUAUUGAAACUUCAAAUAAAUUAAUUCAAGAAGAUUCUGGGUAUACUCAAUUCAAUAGUAUUGAAAAGUUAACACUACCAAAGUAUCAACUAUCUAGUCAAUUAAUGACAUUUUCACCUUCUGCACCAACAGAAAUUAAAUUUAAAUACUCAAUUGAUCAGUUAAUGGCAUUAAAUUAUCUUAAAGAAGAUGGUUUAAUUACAGAGGUUUAUUCUCAUAUGAUGGAGCCAAAUUUUCAAAAACAAAAAAUUUCCAUAAAUAAAUUAAUUGGUAGUUGUCUUGAUAUACCUUCAAUAAGUUACAAAGGUUAUUAUGAGUAUCAUAAAGAUUUAAAUGAAAUUAAGAAUGUAAUUGAUAGUUCCACCGAUGUAAUUCUGCAAAAUUUAUUCAUGAUUAAAUUAAUCUCAAUUUCAAAAUGUACAACAACUAUCAAUCCAAAUAUAUUCUUUCAAUUAUUUGUCGAGAUUAUGGAAUCAUUAAUUGAUUCAAAUUAUUUUGUCAAAUUCACAAAUAAGUUUCUUAAAGUAUUGAUUGUUGAGUUGGUAUUAAGUUUUUCAUGGUAUCAUUUCAGAUUUAAUAAUUAUGAAAUGAAAAAUGAUUAUAAAAUAACUAAACAUCUUGAAUUACGGAGCCUUCAACCAUUUAUCUUAACACGUAAUCUCAUUUUCAAAAAUUUAAUCAACUUUCAAAUGAACAUUAUAAAUUAUCAUAAUUUUACAAAUGUGGAAAUUGAAAUUGAUUUGAAAAUUGGACUUAUUAUUCGUGAAUUAAUCAAUCAUAGUCAUUGUAAUGAUUAUAUUGGAUUUAUUACCAUUCUCCAAAACUCAAUGAACAACUGCAAUAAUGGUCGUAAUAAAUUUUUCUAUAUUGAAAUACUUAAAUUAUUAAUUAUGAAGCAUAAAAAUUGUUGUAUGGUAGAUUAUUUAAAUGAUGUAAAUAAUACACAAUUAAAGUCUAUAAUUAUGAAACAUGGUGAUGAUAAAUUAAUAACAGAUAAGUUAAUGGAAGUCAUUUUAAUUUUGGUAAAAAUAAAUUCAAAUUUUUUACAAUGGAAGCUUGACUUUAAGAAAUUAAAUGAUUAUAAAAAUAAUUCUAACGUCAAUUUGAUUCCAUUAUCUACUAGUUAUACUGAAAAAUUUUUCACUCCUCAAAUUGGUAUUGAAUCUAGUUCAUCAAAAGAAACAGAAACUGAUAAUAAAACUGUUAGCGAAAUCAAAAUUAAAAAAACUCAUUCUUCAAGAAAAUUGGAACAACAUGUUAGUAUUAUACUAGAAGGUGAUGAAGAAGAAUGUGAAGAAUCAGAAAGUGUCUUGAUUAAUAAUAAAAUUUAUGAAUAA